AGCUUUAGUGCAAAGGGCUACCCUUUUUUUAGAGUUUCACGUAUUUCGAUAUAUCAAAAAUUAUCCAGUCAGAAGCUUAAAUAGACUAAUUUAGAGGUAAACAGAAAUGGUUUAAGUAACCUCUUCACCACAUAUUCAAGGAAACAAAUUUUGUCAUAGUUAUUCUUAUGAUAAUUACUCCCCUGUUUCAUUUUACUUGGCUCAUGUUGACUUGAUACACCCUUGAGAAAACUUUAACUCGAGGUAUAUUUUUACUAGACUGGCCUUAUCAACAAUGUUUUUGAACUCUAACUUAGAUUCUUUAGCUAUUUAAUACUAGGGGUAGUAUGGAAAGAGAGUACCCCCUCCGUACCAUAAUACUUGUCACACUUUGGUUGCAUGGCCGGUUGAGAAACAGUGCAUUUUACCAUCAUACCCUUUUCAAUUUUUUUUAAUCACUUCUCUUUAGUUAAUGGAAAAUGUGAUCUCUCUUCAAUAAAUGAAAACGUGUUAAGGGUAAAAUGAGAAGAAUAUACUUAAUUAUGUCUUGAUUUUCUAAAAUGACAAGUAUUCUGGAACAUCUAUUUUUAGUAAGGAUGAUAAAUAUUUAAGAACGGAGGGAGUAACAAACCCUCUUGAUUUGCGAAAAUGAACAAGUAAAUUAACACAUCUGUUUUUAGUAAGGGGCCAAGUAAAAUGAGAUGGAGGGAUGUAGAAAGUUAAAAUGUUGACUUCUAUUUAAAGAUAAGGCCUACCUGUCAUAAGCCAGUAGAUAAUAGGUCUUUGUUUAAUACCUAACCAAUGAUCAAAUUAGAAUCAUAUCUUAUAAUAUCUUAUAACAUGGGUUGACUAUUAUCAUUUCAGAGUUGUACUCCAACUAACAUCCCUCAAAGAAAAAGGCAGAACCACCACUACAAAAACAUUCAUACAUCCAUUCUUCUAUCAUCAAACAUUUUCAUCUUUUGAUUAAUUAGCUUGUUCCAAAAAUGAGCAAAUUAGAGCUCGUAUUUGUGCCUGCCCCGGCCAUCGGUCACCUAGUUUCGCUAUGCAAGUUUGCAGAGACCUUGCUUAAAAGAGAUGAAAGGCUAUGUGUAACAAUUCUGAUUAUAAGGCCACCCCCACCGUGGGAUGCCAGCAUAGAUGCCUACAUCAGGCGAAGCUCCUAUGAUACUGAGGGCAGUCAAAUUAGAUAUAUGAUACUUCCUCAAGUUGAACCGCCAUCUUCAGAAGAACUAGCUAAGUCUUUUGAGAACUACAUCUCUCUUUUUAUAGCAAAUUAUCGACCCCUUGUCAAGGAAGCAAUAGUCAGCAACAAGUGGUCUGAUUUGAACACGAAAAUUGUUGGACUAGUUAUUGAUAUGUUUUGUAGUUCAAUGAUUGAUGUGGCAAAUGAACUUGACAUUCCUUCCUAUCUUUUCUUCACUUCUGGUGCUGGUUUUCUAGGUUUUCUGUUUUACAUGUCCGUUUGGCAUGACCAAGUUGGGAGAGAAUUUAACCGAUCUGAUGCUGAUUUAAAGAUAGCGGCCUAUGCUCAUCCAGUACCCUCAAAAGUUUUGCCUAAUUUUGCAUUUGUCAAGGAAGGUUACGACUCAUUCCGCAACCAUGGUGUCAGGUUCAAAGAAACUAAAGGAAUUCUCAUCAACACAGUUGCAGAAUUCGAAAGUCAUGCUGUCAAUAGCUUAGCAUCUGAUCCUGAAUUACCUCCGGUUUACACGGUAGGAUUUCUUCUUGACCCCGAGGGUCAAACAGGUACGGGAAAUUCCAAGUCUGAAGAUGAUGAAAUCAUGAAAUGGCUAGACCAGCAGCCACCUUCGUCUGUUCUUUUUCUGUGCUUUGGAACCAGAGGUAAUUUUGAGCCGCCACAGCUAAUCGAGAUGGCAAUCGCACUUGAACGGAGUGAGGUUAGGUUCUUGUGGUCAAUACGUCUUCCUGUGGACGCUGAAACUACAAAAUUAGAUGAGAUAUUGCCGGAAGGGUUCUUGGAGAGGACAAAAGACAGAGGAAUAGUAUGUGGAUGGGCACCCCAAGUCGAUAUCUUGGAGCACAAAGCCACUGGAGCAUUCGUAUCUCAUUGUGGGUGGAAUUCGACUGUAGAAAGUCUAUGGCAUGGAGUUCCAAUUGUUACAUGGCCGCUUUAUGCAGAACAAAGCAUGAACGCGUUUCAAUUGGUGAGAGAUGUUGAGAUGGCAGUGGAGCUGAGAUUGGAUUACAGGAUGCACGAUAGUGAUCAUCGUGAAAUUGUGACUGCAGAGGAGAUGGAGAGAGCUAUAAGAUGCAUAAUGGACAGCGAAAAUCCCAUGAGGAAGAGAGUCGAAGACAUGGGAGAGAUUUGCCGGAAGGCACAGAUGGAGGGUGGAUCUUCUUUCAUUUCUGUAGGACUAUUCGUUGAAACUAUUCUUGAUUCCUAGAAUUGAGAACACAAUUUUUUUACAUUUUGUGGUAUUCUAGAGUAGAGGGUUAGUGGGUAGGAGUUCUUCCGUAAUUAUAGGGAGCUUCGUUUGUAUCUGCUUCUGGAGUUUCUUGUUCUUGGUGUUCCGGUUAUGUCUAUGAUUUUGAAUUGAUAGGUUAUAGUAUUA